GAAGCUCUGCACCCUCAGAGGUCUUUCUGUUUGCCGGUCCUCAUGCAUCUGCUCCUGUGGUUGCUUCUGCUGGCCCGCCUCUGCCGCCCUGAGUUCAUCUGCGAGGUCUCCAAGGUGACCAGCCAGGUGGAGGUGAACUGUGACAACAAGGGGCUGAAGGCACUGCCCCCGGGCCUGCCAGGGGACACGGCCAUCCUUCAUCUGGCCGAGAACCCCCUGGGUGCCUUCUCCACGGCCCUGCUGGGACCUCUGACCCGGCUGGCCCAGCUGCACCUGCGUCAAAGCCAGCUGACCCAGCUGCAGGUGGAUGGGAUGCUGCCGCGGCUGGAGACCCUGGACGUGUCCCACAACAGGCUGAAAAGCCUGCCGUCGCUGGGACGGGCCCUGCCAGCACUCACUACCCUGGACGCGUCCUUCAAUGAGCUGGUGGCACUGUCCCCUGGCACACUCGAUGGCCUGAGCCACCUCCAUGAGCUCUACCUGCGCGGCAACAAGCUGAAGACGCUACCCCCGAGGCUCCUAGCGCCCACGGCCCAGCUGAGGAAGCUCAAUCUGGCCGACAAUAGGUUGACUGAGCUGCCCCCGGGGUUCCUGGAGGGGCUCGGGGAACUGGACACCCUCUACCUCCAAGGGAACUGGCUGCGCACCGUACCUAAAGGCUUCUUUGGGGACCUCCUCCUGCCGUUCACUUUCCUCCAUGGCAACCCCUGGUCUUGUGACUGCGAGAUCCUCUACUUGGCUCGCUGGCUGCGGGACAACAGCAAUAAUGUCUACUUGUGGAAGGAGGGUGUGGAAGCCAAAGCCACGACGCCUAACGUGGACAGCGUGCGAUGUGUCAACUGGAAAAAUGUGCCCGUGCACACCUACCAGGGGAAGGACUGCCCCAGCCCCAUGGACGGGGGUGACAUGGACUACGACAACUAUGACGAUGAGGAUGAGAAACUCCCGGGGGUUGAGGCGCCUGCCACACGGGCUGUGGUCAGCUUCUCUACCCACACCAAAGCCCACACAACCCACUGGGGCCUGCUCUACCCAACAUUUGCUUAUCCAGACCACCAAAUGGCCUACUUGUCUUCCACCCUGGAGCUCACUGAGAAACAGACCAUGUUCCCGAGUACCCUGGGGCCCAUUAUGCCCACCACCACCCCAGAGCCCACCACACCCCCCACCACCCUGGAGCCCACCACAACCCCAACCACCCCAGAGCCCACCACACCCCCCACCACCCUGGAGCCCACCACAACCCCAAUCACCCCAGAGCCCACCAUGCCCCCCACUACCCUGGAACCCACCACAACCCCAAUCACCCCAGAGCCCACCACACCCUCCACAACCCCCACCACCCCGCAGCCCGCCACAACCCCCACCACCCCGCAGCCCGCCACAACCCCCACCACCCCGCAGCCCGCCACAACCCCCACCACCCCGCAGCCCACCACAACCCCAACCAUCCCGGAGCUCCCAACGCCCCCAACCACCCCGGAGCCCACCAUGCCUCCCACCACCUUGGAGCCCACCACAACUCCAACCAGCCCCACCACAACCCUAAUUCUCUCCGAAUCAAACACCUUCUUAGGCAUCCCAGAAUUAACUUCACCUUGUACUACUUCAGAAUACCCAAUAGUCCCCUCCCUUGUCCACCUCCCAGAGGCCCAUGAGGUGGCUCGAGGAACUUCAGAUAGCUCCAGAAACCAUCGUUUGUUCAACCCUGACCUCUGCUGCCUCCUCCCCCUGGGCUUCUAUAUUUUGGGUCUCCUCUGGCUUCUGUUUGCCUCUGUGGUCCUCAUCCUGCUGCUGACCUGGGCCCAGCACGUGAAGCCCCAAGCUCUGGCCAUGGCCACGUACACCACCCAUCUGGAGCUGCAGUGGGGAAAGCAGGUGACUGUGCCCUGGGCCUGGCUGCUCUUUCUUCAAGGGUCAUUCCCCACUUUCCGCUCCAGCCUCUUCCUGUGGGUCCGAGCUAACAGCUACGUGGGGCCUCUGAUGGCAGGACGGCGGCCCUCUGCCCUGAGCCUGGGUCGUGGGCAGGACCUGCUAGGUACGGUGGGCGUUAGGUACUCCAGCCACAGCCUCUGAGGCGACGGUGGGCAGUUUGGGGACCUUGAGAGGCUGUGAUGGGCCCUCCUAUCAGGAUCUUGCUGGGGGUGGGUGGGCAGGGAGCACAGGAUUGGGGGGAGGCCUUAAGCACCUUUUCUGGGUCAGAAGCCUCCUCUCCGCAUUGCAUGUGCAACCUCAGUGAAGCAGCAUGGGCAGGGGAGCCGGACGGGCCACCCAACAGAGCUCCUUAUGCUGCAGGAGGGGUUCACAGACCACUCGGACAUCACCAUCACCUUGGGGGGGGUGCUUGAGGGAAAAGCAAAUGGAACAGAGCGUGAUUCUCACGUGCAGGUACCUAAGGGAACUGGGGAAGAGAUGCACCAAGACGAGAGCCCUCGUCAUCCCUGGGGAGCCCAAGCCUAGGGGUUUUCUUCCUCUUCCCGUUUAGCAUUUUCCACCAUCGUAUGUUACUUGUAUAAUAAUUA